UUACUUUCCCGGAAGUCAAGUUACAGGUUUGAAGAGGCGUGUGUGCUGACUGCUGAUUAACAAAACGUCGCGAUAAACAUUGUUUUUAAAUCGAAGAUUAAGUCCAUGCCGUAUUAUUUAUUUUGUUUGUAUGUUAGUGUGCUGGAGGUUGGAGGAGAUGAUGGCGGAAUGGAGACUUCCGGAAGAAGUGUGGGUCCACGUGUUUGAUUUCUUGUCCACUCCGGACAAAUUAAGUGUUCGCUCGAGCUGUAGGUUUUUUAUGAGACUGAUCGACCGCCCUGCUUUGUGGAAGAACACCAGGCUGUAUCUUGAAAACAUCAGCUCGCUCACGGCUCAUUCCUGGAGAACUCUCAGCAGCAGGAGGUCCGGAUCAGUGGUGGUGCUGAAGGCGAAAGGGAAAGAGUGGAGGCAGCUCGCAGUGCGGCUCCCGUGGGUUCACUCAGUGACUGUGGCUGUGUGCUGUGCCACUGCUCUGAACUCACUCAGAGAGUUUAAAAGCCUAACGCGACUCGGGCUGCGGCGGUGUGUCUGUCCCAGUUUAACCCCACUGUCUGCACUGCACCAGCUGUCGCACCUCAGCCUGUGUGAGGUGGUCAGUGCUCCAACCUCUGACAUCAUUCAUGCACUCUCCCAGCUCACUAAUCUGACUUCACUUCACUACCAUGCUUGCAGCAAACCCAUACCUCCAGCAGCAUUUCACCAUUUACUACAGCGCUUGCCAAAAUUAAAACACCUCUCUUUAAAAAUGGGAUCGAAUCAGGGCCCUAUCUCCAAAGAUACCCUCUUUCUUCCACAGGCAAACCACAUACCCGAAGAUCCACAGUGUAGAGUGCCAGCACUGACCAGCCUGGAAUUGCUGAACUACUCGGACCCCAUUCUCUUUCCUGUGGCCCUGCAGGGGAUUCCUUCCCUCAGACUCCUGACAGUGCAGUAUAGAGGCUGGUCUGUGGAACCAGAGCUAUGCCACCUUAAGACAUGGCUGUCAACAAUGCCCCUCCUCUCAGAGCUAAAUAUUUCAUUGGGAUAUGAACUUGGUGCCUACGCUAACUCAGUGCCUGCAACAGUGCAUCGCUUGUCCCUUAAAGGAGUGAUGGCAGAGAUUAAAGCUUUGAGGGAUUUAGCACAACGAGUGCCAGAUCUUCUGCACCUACACUUGGACCUAUAUUUCCAUAAAAAGCAAAGCCUCAUUGCUGAGAUUCCUUGGCUUUUCCCCAAGCUGCAGAGUCUGGCAAUAAGAUACCACAAGGUUCCUGUGGAAGAGCUCCUGGGACUUGCACAGUUGUCCCAUCUUAAGUAUUUAGUCAUUCUGGAUCCUAUCACAGGACCAAAUUCAGCUCUAACGGACUUGACUCAAAAAAUGCACAUCCAGACCAACUAUAGAGUUAAUGUUAUUCAUUUGCCACGAUCAAAAGUCCCAAAUGCUUGUCUUUGUGCAAAUUACUGAUAUUCAGACCUUAUACCAUGUCUGUACUCAGAACCUGAAUUACAAAUUCAUGUUCAGCUCCUUGAUAAAGCUAUGCUUUUUUCCCCCCGUGUUCCUCUCCUUCUUUCCCAUAGCCCGCAAGGGUCAUAGGGGCACCACUGAUGAUAUUUUAACAGUCCAUCAUUGGUGUAUCUGGGGCAUUUAAACUUGGCGGAACCCAUCCCUCUCCAAGCUUGAUCAAUGGACAAUUUAGAUUAGCCAGUUAACCGAACUACAUAUAUUUGGACUGUGGGAGGAAAGUGGAGCAGACAAGGGCAGAGCAUGCAAACUCCACACAGAAAGACCACUGGGCUUGAACCCAGAACCUUCUUGCUGUGAGGCGACAGUGCUAACCGCUACACCACCCCGUUUUCCUCUCUGCCAUGGUGGUAGACCUCCAUUAGGUGCCACUGUAGUCAUACAAAAAAAGUAUCUGUAGCGUGAAUCGCGUGUGGGUGGAGCACAGAGGACGGCAGGACAGAGAUCAGGUUUGUUAACCGGCUUUAUUGCCACACUUUUCAGAGUUGCAAACAGUUUUCACUAGCGCGAGAGAGACACACACACACAGCGUCUCGUCCGGUUCUCCCUCUGCUCUCGCUCUCCCUCCUUAAAUAGGGCGGUUUACUGGGGAGAACACACAAAACACAGGUUAAUGACACUCAGGUGAAGCGAUUCUGCCACUUACCUUCCCCAACUCCGCCCUCCUGUCACAGACCGGUGCUUGACCACGCCCCCGCUGCCACAUACCCCCACCGCCCGACUCAGGCCGGGCGCCCGUCCGGCCCACAGCCGACUCCCCCCCCCCCCCCCCUUGACGGGAGAGGAAGUCCGCCACGACCAUCUGCGCCCCCGGCCUGUGGACCACCUUGAAGUUGAAAGGUUGGAGCGCCAGAUACCAACGAGUGAUCCGCGCGUUGGCAUCCUUCAUGCGGUGGAGCCACUGGAGGGGCGCGUGGUCCGAACAGAGGGUGAAAGAGCGCCCCAGCAGGUAGUA